AGAAAGAAAAGACGGAAAACCUGAUCAUAGCUCCCAAGAUGGACUUGACGGAGACUUUCGCGCCCAGCCAUCAGGCAGGCAGCACCGGCGCCGAGGACAAGACGACCGACUACUUUGACUUUGUGGUGUCGCCACCGCCUCACUGCGCCUCGAACGCCGACGGGCCCGUCGACGAGGACGGCUUCCUCCACAGAACCGGUUGCCGCCCUAGCCUCGGCGGUUACCAUCUCGGCCACCACCACAACCACCACACGGGCGGCUUCAUCAAGGAAACAAACAACAACACCCUCACGGCCCUGCCCCCGGUGUCCACCAUAACCGGUUCCCUCGGGCACAUAGCUUCGCACCACCACCGCGCCCGCAUCAGCGCCGCCACCGACGCCCUGGGCAUCGACCAACACCACACCGCCGAUCCGACCGACGACUGCGGCUACUGGGUGACCGAUGGCGGCAAGGAGCAGACCUGCAACAUCCUGCUCGAGGAUCUGAACAAGUACUGCUGGACAGCGGCGACACAGGCCACGGCCGGUGAACACCAGAACCACCAGCACGGGACGACGGGCCUGUUGAUACAGCGCGCGCGGGACGACGAGGUUAUGGGCACGGAGCACCACCACCAGAACACCGACGGGGCCAUAUACACCCUUACGGUGCUCAACAGCGAAGCCAACUCGAUGGACGGGCUCGACUGUUGCAAGAGCCCGACCCCCGGCUCAGGGGACGCGUGGAGUUUGCGGCCGAGCAACCACCUCGACCUCGACGCGAUACUCAAUAUGGAGAGCAGCGUACAGGGCAUCGGGGCCGACGGUGGCGCCGACACUGCUGUGCAGGUGUCGACGCCGGGCGAUCGGAGGGACCAGCAGCAGCGGGUCGUGGUCACGGCCAACGGUACUUCCCUCGACAGGUAUACGGUGACGACGACGCUAACGACCACGGCCUCCUCCCCGGGGGUGGUGCACUACUCGAGCGCGCCGGACGAAGCUACCUUUGUCACGAUAAAAGCCGAGCCCGGGGGCGUGGGUGGGGGGCUGGACAACAACAACGAUUGGAAGCUCUCGGACAGGAAUAGCUUGGAGGUCCAGGUGACCGAGUCGGCUGCCGAGAGCCUCCUGAGGAAUGCCUUGCAGGGCAAGCUGUACUCGACGACGGGUCUCGCUGGCGCGGCCACGAGGAUACUCCAGCAGGCCGACGUUGUUCAAGGUGGUGCCGGCAACGCCGGUAAUCAACAGCAGCAGCAGCAGCAGCAGCAGCAGCAGGGCCAGGACGAGACGAUGGCGGUGGACGAGUUGCUGCUGUCGGAGUUGAACGUCGACGCGUACAGGGCGACGGAAUUGAAGAGCAUAGCGAACGAGGUCGUCGAGUCGUACUGUAACCUCGAAAACGUCUGCAACGUCCAGGCGACCACGGUCAUGUACACCCUAGACCCGGCGAGCGGGAACCUCGGGACCAUCACGCUUCCGGCAGAUCUGGCCAACGUCGGUACGGUCACGGUCGUCACGACCGCGCCUGCACCGCCGCCUCCUCCUACUCCCACUGCUACCACGGUGCCGGUGAGCUCGUCGUCUUCCCAGCAAGCCGACGUGCUCCAUCAAGAUACCGGUACCCAAUCGACGAACAAUCGGCAGCUAACGACCGGCGGUCGAGGCAGCAAACCAGCGAAAAAGUACGUGCGCCGACAAAACCGUAACUCAACGAGCAACGGUGCAACAGGAGCCGGAGCCACCAGCAACUCGACGAGCAACAACGGCAGCUCCGGGGUCGCCAGCAACGGUACCGCCGGCUCACCAGCUAGUGUCCAGCAACAACAGCAACAACAACAACAACAACAACAGCAACAGCGGAAGGAACGAUCGCUUCACUACUGCAGCAUCUGUAGCAAGGGCUUCAAGGACAAGUACAGCGUGAACGUGCACAUAAGAACGCAUACAGGCGAGAAGCCCUUCGCGUGCUCGCUCUGUGGCAAGAGUUUCCGGCAAAAGGCCCAUUUGGCCAAGCACUAUCAGACCCACGUCACGCAAAAGCCAUCGAGCGUUGCCACGGCGGCCCAACAGCAGGCAGCUGCUGCCACAACUACGGCCAAUGCAAACAACAUCAGCGUAGUCACCACGAGCACUGCCAGUAACAACAGCACCAGCAGUAGCGGUAAUAGUAACGCCACCACGCCAGUUGCCAUAAGCAACGGAACCGGCAGCAACAGCAAUGGCCCUACGAGCAACGCGAGCAGCGUCCCGAGCCCGUCAGCGCUCAAGAUCUCGAGUCUGCCGAUCGACGACGCCAUGGAGCAGCUCCAACACAUGGAGCAGGCCCAACAGAUCGAGCAGAUGGAUCAGAUCGAGAAGAUGGACCAGAUUGAGCAGAUGGAACAAAUGGAACAGGAACAACAGCAGCAAAUGGACGUUGUGGCCGACUCCUCCUCGACGCCGAUCGUCGUCGUCAAAGCUGCUUGCAACGCCGCCAGCUAG